AUGGAUACAGUGGAAGAAGCAGAAGAGGCGGAGGAGGAGGUGGUGGAAGAGGAGGAACAGGUGGAGGAGAUAGGGGAAGAACUGGAGAACGAAGGCGAGGGGGAGAAAGGGAAAAGAGGAUUCAAGGAGAAGGAAGCGGAGCAGGGAGCGCAUGAAGGAGAAGGAGAGGGAGAGGGCGAUGGAGGAAACGAUGGAGAUGGAGGAAAAAGCGGAGAGGAAGGGGGAGAGGACGAACGAUUGAAAGGAAGAGAGGAAGGACGAGAUGAAGGGGGGGAUGCGAAUGGAAAGGGCCGGGAUGGUGAAGGACGCUCAAAGGAAGAGGGUUUAGACGAGGAGGGAUCCAAAGUGGAUGGUGCUGAGAAUGCGAAGGGAGAGGAUUCUAUGGAGGCGGAGGAGGAAGAGGGGGGAAAGGAGGCGGAAAAAGAAACGGGGGGAAAGGAGGAGAAGGAGGAGGAAAAAGGGGGAAAGGAGAAGGAGGAGGAAGAGGGGGGAAAGGAGGAGGAGGAGGAGGGAGAGGGGGGAGAGCAGGAGGGAGGCGGGACUACUGCAUCAAAGAAUGCAACUGCUGAAAAGGAGGAAGAUUCAGGCGAGGAGGCAGGAAGCAUAGAGGAUUCAGCAAUGGCAGCACUUCUAGGGUUUGUAGAGGACACGUUCUGGACGUUUGAGGAGGAGCGGGAGGCUCUGGUGCUGGAGGCACGGCGGGCGAAGGAGGCAGGGGAUGAGCAGCGGGCUAACAUGGUGGAACAGGGCGGCUCUUCUCUGGUGCUGGAGGCAUGGCGGGUGGAGGAGGCAGGGGAUGAGCAGCGGGCUAGCAUGGUGGAACAGGGCGGCUCUUCUCUGGUGCUGGAGGCAUGGCGGGUGGAGGAGGCAGGGGAUGAGCAGCGGGCUAGCAUGGUGGAACAGCUGACCAUACUCCUGCGCGCAAUGCAGCAGCAGGUGGGGCAGCUGAAAGCAGGAGAAGGCGAUGAGGAAGGGAGAGGCCAGGCCAGCACUCCAACUCCAACCGACCGGGAUGGCAGGGCAAGAGCAGGCACAGGAGGGAAGGGAGCUUCGCCAUCGUCAUCAUUAUCAGCACCAUCAGCAGCAGCAGUGGCAGCAGCAGCGAGGGCGUUUAUCACUCCAGAGUAUCUUGCUGCUGUGAGGGGGCAGAGGAGAGCAGGCAAGGAUGGGACGUCUCUCCUCACGCAUUUAUCGCCGAGAGAGGGCAAGACAGCAGGGACUCAUGUCUCUCCCAGGGACCAACUCAAAUCGCCUAGAGAUCAUAAAUCGCCCAGAGAGCUCAAAUCCCCUAAAGAUCGGAAAUCGCAUGCAGAUGCAGCCCCUCUUUCCGCCCCUCUCACCACUCCUCUCAUGGCCCAUCCGUUCACUGAGCCCCGUCCAUCCCACCGCUUCGUCCCGCCCCCACCGCUGCAAAUCAGCACCUCUUUGGACCCCCUUCAACCCCUCUCAGGUCUCCCGAACCUUGACCACCUGCAAGGUGUCACCGUACUCGACCCCCUUCAACCCCUCUCCACCCUUGACUCCCUCGCUGGUACCCAGCCAAGCCCCCCAAUUUCCCCGUGGGCUGUCCCCCCUUCGCCCUGGGACCCCACUGCUAUGGUAAGCACUAGCCUCUUCAGCCCUGUGGGCAUGACUAGUGCUGCAGAAAUUUCUAAUGCUGCAGCAGUGGCGGGUGCUGCAGCCGUGGUUAACGCUCAUCCCUCCAUCUUUCACUCUGCUCCUUCUGCUUUAGCUGCUGCACCUGGCGAUCUAAUGUUUUCGGGCCUGCUGACUGGUAUGACAGAUGCUGCUGCUGCUGCUGGUAGCGCUGGUGCUCUAUUCGACCACUUGUCCCCCCAGGCCGGCUCGUCUCCGCUGUUAGCAGACCCGCUACUGGCACCACCUUCAUCCAUUCCUGUAGCUGACCCUCUUGCUCCCUCCUCCCGCCGACGAACAAAGGAGAGGCGCGAGCACAAGCAGCGGCACCAGCAGCAGCAACCCCACGGGUCCUCCCAAUCUUUCCACCCCUUCGCCACCGCUCCUCUUUCCAUCCGCGCUCUCCUUUCUCCCUCCGAAGCCACUGGUAUUGGUGGGGCUGGCGAAACUGUUGGGGGAGAUGGCAGCAGAAGACGCAGCAAUUACAAGUCGUUUGGUGAGGAAGAUAAAGGCAGAAGGAGAAGCACAGGGGACAAAGCAAAGGGGGACACAGAGAGAACCACCAAUCCGCGUCCCCCGCCAAAUGCUGCCAAGUUUCUGCCGCCCAUGCGGCGACUACUAGAUGGUGUAGACCAGGAAAAGGGCGGGAACCCGAGCUUCCAACGAUGGGCCUUAACUGGCUCGGACGAACCCGAGGAGUUUAAAGACGUAGGGGAGAUUAAAGACGUGGGGGAGGUGGGAUUGGUGCGGCUAAUGGAACACGCACGUGAGGCUCGGGAGGCUCUUGAGGUUCGGGAGGCUCUUGAGGUUCGGGAGGCUCUUGAGGUUCGGGAGGCUGUGGAAGGCUCAGGAUGGGACGCUGGGAGUGAGAGCAGCAGGAGUCACAUGAUUGUAGGGCGGAGGAAGGAGGGCAGUGCGAGUGGCGGGGUUGGGAAAAAAGGGGGUGUUCCAGGUAGUUCAGUGAAUGAUGACAUGGCAGGAUGGGCGAAUGGCAGGUGGCAUAGCGUGGCAGGGAGGGAACGGCGGUCUCCUCGUUCCCAUGGUGCUACAACUAGGUUUGGUGCUGCUGCUGCUGUUGCUGCUGCUGGUAGCGGUUCUGGUAGAGCUGGUGGUGGUGGUAGUAGCAGCACUGGCAGCAGCGUUGGUGCUCCAAUUAGCAGCAGCAGUGGGUAUCAGGCGGACGGGUUGAGUGACCAGCUCGCGCUGAUCAACGCGCAUCUGGAGCAGGUGUAUCUGGAGGAGGCCCAUCUGCAGAAGCCGCAAUCAGGGGGAGGGAGGACGAAAAAGACUUUUGAGUCGACUCAGCAAAAGUCAUCGCAGCUGGAGCAGGUGUACUUGGAGGAGGCUUAUCUGCAGCAGGCGCAAUCAGAGGGAGGAGCGGAUGCGAGGGAAGGGAGAGGCGUGGGGAGGAUAUUUGGGAGUGCGAAGGAGAGGAGGAGUCCGAGAGAGGAAAGAUUCAUGUUUGACUCGGUGAUAGAAUCCAGGGGUAUGAUUGAGGGGAGCAGUCGGGAGGAGGAGAGGCAUCGGGUGAAGAGAGGAGGGCCAGUGGAGAGAGUAAGGGACGAGAUAGCAUUGGCUGCUGCUGCUGGUGCUGCUGGUGGUGGUGGGAAUGAGUCUUCCUUUGAUGGUUUCCCUGUUGUGGUGCUGAGGCUGCUGCAGGGGACGAAAGAGGAGCAGAGGAAAGCAGCCAGGGUUAUAGGGUGGUUCUGCGCGUCUUCUGCUGCUAACAGAGCGGCUUUUAGAGAGGCGGGAGCUGUAGAGGCGCUGCUGCAGCUGGCUGCUGCUGGUGGGGAUGACAGACUUGGCAGUCCACGUGGCAGUCCAAAUGGCAGUCCACGUGGCAGUCCACAUGGCAGUCCACAUGGCAGUCCACGUGGCAGUUCGCAUGCAGCCAUGGAUGCACUCCUGAAGCUGUCUGCUGACUUGGAGAGUAAGGAGCGGCUGCUGCUCCACCUUCCUCUGCUUGUUCAGGUGAGCUCCAGAGAGGUUCGGAUGGCGAGGCAAGCAGCAGCCGAGGCAGUGGCGAGCCUCUUGCUCUCCCACUCCUGCUGCUCCUUCCUCCUGACUCACGACGCCAUUCCCAUUCUCACGCUCACACUCGAAUCAUCGCUUGAUGCUGCUGACUGGGGUUCCACUCUCCCUCUCUGCUCCACGCUUGCUGCACUAGCAGCUUUCUCUCAGUACAGCUCUGCAGCAGAAGCAGCCGGCGCGAGGGAGAGCAUAGGAGAGGCGAUCCCAAGCCUGGUGCAUGUCCUGACAGCCUAUGCCUCAUACGCCUCAUAUGCUUCUUCAGGAUCUGAUGUCUGCCUGGGCUCGAAAGAGUUGAAAGGAGCAGCUGGGUCAAAUGGGGGUGGAGGGGAUGGGAAGCAGAGCGAAGAGGCGGUGAGGGCGGUGCUGCGUGCGCUGGUGGUGAUGGCGGGGUGUGGGGAGGAGCACAGACGGAAUAUGAGGAGCUGUGGGACUGUCUGCACUCUGCGGGAAGUCGUGCGGUUCGCACCACAAGAUGUGCAGGGACAGGUAGGUGCUGGGGCAGGUGUGUGCUAA